AUAUAGUAAUAGUAAUAUAUUAUUUUGUCUUUCUAGGUGGUGGGCGUGACUCACAACUUACCCUGUUUUUCGAUCCUUCCAAACCCUACUUUCCAUCGUGAUCGCGUGAUUAUGCCGAAAGCUUCUCGACAACUUCCGUCGAGUUGAUUCUUUCCCUUUUCUCUACUAAGAAUUCAUUUCAAUCUGGUUUUUGAAUCGCUUUGAAGGUUGCAGCAUCGAAUCUAUCGAUUCGUCAAGGCGCAAGAGUACAAAUCAGAUAUCAAGGAUAAAAUGACAAUUGUGGAGAACCCAAAUCCAAAGCUUCCACCUACUUCUCCAACCAUUUCUCCACCAAAUUCCUAUGGAUCGGUGGUUCUAGGUGGCACCUUUGACCGCUUACAUGAUGGUCAUCGGCUUUUCCUUAAGGCAGCUGCAGAGUUAGCUAGAGAUCAAAUCAUAGUUGGUGUUUGUGAUGGACCUAUGCUAUCCAAGAAACAGUUUGUGGAGCUCAUCAUGCCUAUUGAAGAGAGAAUGAAAACUGUCCAAGAUUACAUUAAGUCUGUGAAGCCUGAGCUGGCGGUACAAGUGGAACCUAUUACUGAUCCUUACGGUCCCUCCAUUGUUGAAAAAAAUCUGGAGGCGAUUGUUGUCAGUAAGGAGACAUUACCUGGUGGAUUAUCAGUCAACAAAAAGAGAGCCGAGAGAGGCCUCUCACAACUAAAGGUGGAAGUGGUGAAUCUGGUAUCUGAAGAAUCAAGUGGAGAAAAGCUGAGUUCAUCAACAUUGAGGAAGCUUGAAGCGGAGAAAGCUAAAAAAAAUUAGGAUACAUUAAUUAAGGGGUACAUAUGAUAUGGAGAACAUGUUGAUACAAAGGAUUGGCUUACAUAAAGUUGUUCAAUAUAACCUUUUGUUGAAUACAGACCAAAAUCUGUUGAAGAAGAGUAAA